AUGGACAUCUUCAGCAUUUCUUAUAGCUUGACUCCAAACAUUCCAUUUUUAAUCGAUUACGACUUUCUCUACUAUGGCUUGAUGCGAAAGAAGUCGAUGACCAUUGACUGCCAAGGAAGUUUCUACUUGAUUCCGUCGGAGAAAAACUUUAGCUCCGUCGGAAUAGUCCUCAAAAGAACCGACAAAGUCUGGCAGGGCUGGGGCUCGUCGCGAGAUUCAGCCAAACGCAGCAAGCAAAUGAAGAAAAGUAGAGCGACUAAGUCAUCCGAUGCGCUCCACAUUAUGCUUGGAGGAUUCAGCAUCAACAAAAGAUCCUGUAAAUAA